CAUCGUCAAUCUUAGGCCUUGAAGCGACAACCAGCAAACCCUCGACAUCCUCCCUUCAUAGACGGCAGGCUCCGUCUAGACCACCCCCCCCCCCCCCCCGACACUCGUUGUAAACCACCACACGGCAACCCACUCGCCACCACAACAACACGUUCGCCGCUUGACGCGACCGUUCACCCCCCCGCGCAACGCCCACGACCGCCCCCCCGUCCUCGGCCUGCCAUCCCCUUUUCCCCGCACACGCCGCAACGCACUGCCGACAUCCACAAUGCUUAUCGACAUCCAGAUGCUGCCCAGGGGCUUGCCUAAGGACAAGCGUCUCACCCCGGACGAGGUAGCCUCGUACCAGUCGUCGCUCAGAGCUGCCGCCCAAAAAACCCAGCCUGCUCCUACGCCUGCUGGUAACAGCGGCAAGGCGGGCGAGCCAGGUGCGCCCGUUGCCGGUACCCCUCUCCAGCAGCCGGCGCCUGCUCCGACGACUGCCCCGGCCCGCCAGCCGCCUGUUGCCAUCUCGGCGUCUGCCGCCCCUUCCUCGGGCACCCCGGUCGCGCAGAGCUCUGUCACCCCGUCGACGACGCAGGCCGUCGCGACGCCCACUACCACGACUACUACGACCCCCAAGGUGCCAACUGUGCAGACUUAUGCGCCGCCUCCUUCAUCGGCCAACAACGUCAAAACCAUUACCCAGUCGCAGUCGACCACAUCGCGUUCGUCCACGACUUUGUCAUCACCUUCGAGCUCUGCGUCGUCGUCGGCCUCCGCUGCCGCUGCUAACAACGGCUCGUCCUCGGGCAUGUCCGGUGGCACCAUUGCCGGUAUCGUUAUUGGCCUGCUCGUCGGCUUUGUGAUCCUUGGCGCACUCGCCGGGUGGAUCUACCGCAAGUACAAGUCGCGCAACUACAAGCAGAACAACCCUUGGGCCAAGAUGGACAACGACGACAUUACUCCCUUCCCUAGACACAGCGACAGGGACUUUGAGAAGAACUCUGACGAGGACUUCUACGGUGGCGCCCCCGCCGCUGCUAUCGGCUCGAACCGCGCCCUUGCUCUGGCUCGCCAGAACGGCUUCUACGCCGACGGCACCCCCCGCCCCAACACCGAGUACAACAGCCCAGGCAUGGCCGGCUACGGUGCUGGCAGAAACUACGGACCUUACCCUGACGUCGCCCCUGUUGCUGCUGCCUACGGUGUGGAUGCCAACCGCGUCCCCUCGGGCCCUCAGUACCCUCAGCAGCAGUACGGCCAGCUCAUCGACCACGGCAGCCCCUUCGACGACGAGUACGCUCACCAGCAGCAGUACUCCAACACUUCGCCCAACUCUGGUCCCCGUCAGCUUGUCGGCCCUGGUGCUCACUACCAGGCCCCUGGCCCUGCCCCCGUUCCUCUUGGCCGCCCCGACGCUCCCGAGACCUAUGACGAGAUUGCCGCUGCCGAGAUGUACGCCGACGACCGCUACGCCGAUGAUGAGCUCGCUGCUCCUCGCGGUAUGGUUCCUUACGCCGAGGGCGACCCGUACAGCCCUCGCACUGCUGCUUCUCCUGGCGAGUGGGCCGGUGUCCCGACCCGCGGUUCUCAGAUCUCGUACGCUUCGCCUCUCCCCGAGCCUGUCUCUCUGCCCUCGCCCGCUCCGGCCCCGUUACCCACUCUCCGCCCCAUGUCGCCUCUCAUGCCCAUCGACGCAUCGGCCCCUGCUCACCCUCCGUCUGACGAGGAGCAGGAGACCCGCCGCAUGUACCAGGAGGUCGCCUCGGCUGCUGGCAUUGAGCAGGUCAUGAGCCCCACCUCCGGCCUCGCCUCUCCCGCUCCUGUCCGUCUCCCCACGUCGGCGCCUUCGCCUCCCUUCCACGCCCCGUACCAGCACGGACAGCCCCUCUCGCCCCUGCGUGAAGUCCCCACGCCGAUGAGCGAGCGCACCGCUUUGCCAUCCCUUUCGCCUCACGACGGCCUGGACCGCAACCAGCCCGGUCGCACCGGUCGCCCUCUGCCCUCUACCCCGAGUAUGCUCAUCGCCGACUCCCCCUCUGGUGCCCCCAGCCGCCUCCCCACGCAUGACGAGGACGCCUACGGUGGCAUCUAAACACCUAUGACUACGAGGAGCCAUGUUGAUGUACUGUACUUUUUAUAUUUUAAACCCCCUACUACUUACUCUCCAAAGGCCCAGUCGGUUCGCGCUGGCGCGUCACCGUGACUCCUCUCUACCUCUCUCUCUCUCAUACACCCUCGGUCUCUUCGGUACAAUGUG